UUUGGCGCUUGCCCAUCCUGUCCCAGCCCUGCGUGAGCUUACUAGUUUUCCAAGCUCAAUGCAGAGCCAAGCCGGGGAAGUUUUUUAGAGCUCAGCAUACCAGAAAGUCAAUUACAUUAGGAAGAACAUUCGUGCACCUUAAAGCCUUUUUUAAAUGAAAGGCUGUUUGUGUCUCCAGUUACGUCAAGGAAAGAGUUGAGCCUCAGAGACUGUGACCACUAAAAAAAGCCAAAGACUUUAAUAGCAGGGAUUGUUUUUAACUUUUUUCCAAGGACUGUUUUAAGUUUUGCACAUCAAGGCCCAGCGCUGUGUCUAUAGUACUUCUCUAGGCUACCGGAUAAAGUUAGCUUUUCUGCCAUGCUUUGGAUCCAAGUGUCUUCCGUCAUCUGCACUUUAGCUGCCUUACACAUUCCUGUUUUCGGGGAACAGAAGUCUAAAAGUUGUUCAGAAGUUCGGGAUAUCUACAGUUCCAUAGGCUGGAAUAAUAACGAUGUGCCUUACGAAAAAAUCCACGGACAUGAUCUAAAGGUCUGCUCCCAAGGUUCUACAUGUUGCACCUCUCAAAUGGAAGAGAAUUUUAGCCAGCGAAGUACUGAUGAAUUUAGGAAGGCAGUAUCGGAUCCCAGUUCUCACUUACAAUUAGCCUUUGCUUCAAGAUAUACAAAGUUUGAUGAAUUCUUCAAAGAACUCCUUGAAAAUGCUGAAAAAUCCUUGCAUGACAUGUUCACCCGCACAUAUGGUGCUCUUUACAUGCAGAACUCCGAAGUAUUUAAGGACUUAUUUGUGGAACUGAAACAAUAUUAUACAACUGGAAGUGUGAAUUUGGAGGAAAUGUUAAAUGACUUUUGGGCUAGGCUUCUUGAGAAAAUGUUUCAACUUGUAAAUCCCCACUAUGUGUUUACUGAAGAGUACCUUGACUGCGUUAGCAGGGACGCAGAGCAGUUGAAGCCAUUUGGUGAUGUACCCCGUAAGCUGAAGAUACAAGUUACCAGGUCUUUUGUGGCAGCACGUGCAUUUGCCCAAGGCCUUGCAGGUGCAAGAGAUGUUAUUGGGAAAGUUGCUGCGGUAAAUCCAACAGACCAGUGUAUGAAAGCACUGCUGAGAAUGAUGUACUGUCCGCACUGUCAAGGCCUGGUUGCAGUGAAACCCUGCAAUGGCUACUGUCUAAAUGUUAUGAAAGGUUGCUUAGCCAAUCAGGGCGAUCUGGACACAGAGUGGAACAACUUCAUAGAUUCCAUGCUGCUGUUAGCGGAAAGGCUAGAUGGUCCUUUUAAUAUUGAAUCAGUUAUGGAUCCAAUUGAUGUGAAAAUCUCAGACGCCAUUAUGAACAUGCAGGAAAACAGCAUGCAAGUGACACAAAAGGUUUUUCAGGGCUGUGGAGCACCGACUCCUGCAACAAAUAGUCGUGUAAGCCGCUCUGUUUCUGAAGGCUUUAAUGCCCGCUUUAGGCUGUAUAACCCUGAAGAACGACCAACCACAGCAGCUGGCACAAGUCUAGAUAGAUUGGUUUCAGAUGUCAAAAAUAAACUAAAGAAAGCAAAGAAGUUUUGGUCUACCCUUCCCACCAGUAUCUGCAGUGACGAGAAAAUGUCAGCGGGAAGUACUGCUGAGGAUGACUGCUGGAACGGCAAGUCUAAGAGCAGAUAUCUCGAAGCAGUGACUGGCAAUGGUCUUACUAAUCAAAUCAACAAUCCAGAUGUGGAAGUUGACAUUACUAAACCAGACUUAAUAAUUCGCCGACAGAUCAUGAUUCUCCGUGAGAUGAAAAUGAGAAUGAAAAGUGCAUACAAUGGAAAUGACAUUACAUUUGUGGACAUUGCUGAUGGUAGUGGUGAAGAAAGUGGAAGUGGCUGUGAAGGUGACCUGUGCCACAUUGAACCUCCUAUAGUUCGUAUGCCUCCUCCUGAGGUCAAUACAAAUGUGCAAAGUGGCAACUCUAUUGCAAGUGUUUGUGGUGCAUCUAAAUUGGCUUUGUUCCUCAGCUGCCUGGCCUUAGUCUUGCACAGACAAUGGUGAUAACUGCACAAUACACAGAAAGAGACUUCAGAAGUGAGGAAGAUAAAGCACCUGUUUUCACUUUUUUACCAUCUAAUGACUCUGCAAUUAAACAGUUUCAUAAAGGACAGCAACUGUACUGGUACUGUUUUUAGCAUUUUAAAAAAAAGAGGCUAGCCCUGCAGCAGACAGAGACUGUCUUGCAGUUUUGUUUUAUCAGUAGCCGAUCUCUGUUAUGGAACAUGGAUUCCAGUCAGCUCUGUGUGACAAAGAACACAUUUUAGCACGUGGCCAGCAAAGAGUGUAUACAGAUAUGUAGUUAGCUAUGCAUUUUGUGUUUUAUCACACACACUGCUUUCAUCACACUUUUUUCAACAAGAAAGAUACAAUGCCUUUGCAGGAUUAAGAGAAGAUCCUUCAGGAAUUAAUUCUGUACAGAGACAAGUUUAUAUAUUUUCUUUAAUUUAUAAGGCCUCACACAGAAGAAUGCACCACCUGUAAUGCGCAGUUAACUUGUUUCUUGCAAACCAUUUCCUGAAUGCCUGUGCCAUAUUCAUUGUUGUAGACAGAGAAGUGAAAUAGAGGUGUUGUGUGAUGAACCAUAACGUAUAAUACCGAGGUAUAGCUGGUCUCAUAUGCCAUUUCAUGAAGCAUUAAGUACUAGUGUAUAUGUUAUACUGCAUUAAUAUAUUUGCUUACCUUGGAAGAGACCGCAGAAAAUCAAAUUAUCAACAUGGAAAUGUGCACGAAGUGUUUCUAUAAAUGACAACUGUACUUUUUUCUAGUGUGAGUCACUUUUUUAUCCUUUAAUAUUACAGAUAUUCAUCAAAGUUUCGGUGAGCCAAAGUAGAUAUGUUUUGCUAAUUGAACGUCUUUAAAAAAAAAAAAAACCUUUAGCAGUCAUUAUUUGUUUAAACUGCUCUGAAACAUAAUACAUGCAUAAUUAGGAAGUGUUUUGAUGUUCCAGGUAUCUGUAUGUGUACACAAUAUGUAGGGUACAAAAUUGUAACAUAUUUGGUCUGCAGCAGUUAUAACCAGAGAGGUUUUAGGGAGUCCGCAAGUCUCUUCCUACUUUCUACAGCUUAUAGAAUCCUCCAGGGUAACACAUGAAUCUUGAAAAAUAUCAGCGAAACCAAUUUUCAGUCCCAGUGCUGGUUGUAGUACUAACAAUCUGUUUUGUAUAUGAAGAUUCAAUAUUUUAAAUCACUAGCUCAGGGUUAAACAUUUCUUCAAGUUGUUUCUAUAGCUUUACCAAAUUUCAGAAAUAUUGCAGACAUCGAAUGUUUGACAUUCACUAAAACAUCCUGGAGGUUAUAGUUUAUUCUAAUAGUUAUAAUCAGUUAUUUAUUAAACCCAUUUUAUGGAAAAGAGACCGUUGGCUUGGAAUUCCCUUUAAGUUAAAUCUAGAAGCCUAAAAGUAAAAAAAAAGAGGGUCUUGUGUGAGUGUGGGAAGAGCAGAGUGUAAAUAAUGUUUAAUGGAUUACCUUGAACGAAAUUGAAAGACUUUGUAUUACUACCUCAUUUGUGAGGGAUUUGUUUGAGAUGUUUCAGGCUGUGCCUCCUCUUUAAGUUGGAUAAAAAAUCUUGCUUUUGAAGAGGAUGUGUCUCUGUAUUCCUUUCAUAUAGACACUGCAUUUAUUAAGGUUGUCUUUCUUGGUGCAGAGAAAUGGUCAUGUAGUCUCUGAGGUUGUAUUUAGCUUUCAGCAUGGUUAUGUACAAAGAAAGUUAGUUGCCCUGGUGGCUGCUUGCUUUCUGCCUUAAGAAAGGCUGACCUAUUACUAAGAUGGCACCUUGUAAGGUGAUUAAACAUGGUUGCAACUGCACUACUAUGGUGUCUAUCUGGGUGAAGUACUGGUUUCCUUCUUGCUGGCAGGCCAGCAGAGGAACAUUAAGGGGUUAAAUGAGGGCAGAAGUACCUCCUAUGAACAGCAUCUGGCUUUCCCAGAAGAAACAUUCAAUUACAUGUGUUAUGUAAAAAUUAAGAUGUAAAUUCUUUUUUGUCCCAAUACAUACCCCAGACUGUAUGAUUUACUUUUUAUUAUUUUAUAAACCAAUCAUUUACUAAUUAAUAUUGGCUGCUAGUUUGAUUAUGUAAGGAGACAAUUGUGGAAAUUCUAAUUGAGUUAUGCGCUCCUAGUAAACAUUUUUGUUACUGUUGUGCAAAACCUGUGCUGUAAAAUUUGAAAAAUUGUCACCUGGAUUACAGAAAAAAAAGAUUAAACAUAUAAGUCUAGAAAUUUAUAAUUUUGGUCUGUUUUCCAUCUGUGCCUACAACUAAAGUGUUAUGUUUAAUUAUGUUGUAGGUAGUGUGAACAUUUGAAGGUGGAAUUGAACAAUUUCCUUUGUUAUGCUGUGUUUAAAUAUGAGGUCCACGUUUAAACAGGUUUGCCUAACAAGGCCAGGAUUCUGAGAUUCAAGUAUAAUAUUUAGUGCAUUUUUCUAGGCAUAAAAGAAUGAAGUUGCACUAAGGACAUGUCCAGAUAAAUGCAUGCACCUAUGUGUAUUUAUAUGAAACCAAUUGCUUUUUCUAUUAAAUUUUGGUAUUUGAACUUGG